UUUAAUUUGAAAAAGGUUUCGCUUAAUUUGAAAACGGUUUCAUUUAAACUGAAAAUGCUAUACAUCGGAAGUACAUCCAUUCGUACCACGCCCGCAUCGCAAAGAUAUCAUCGACAAAAUGCAUAGCAUCUCGCACGGAGGCGUGCGUGCAACCACAAAGCUCAUCAAGGCACGCUUUGUUUGGCCAAAUAUGGGCAAGAAGUGCAACGAUAUCUCAGCUGCCAAAAAUCUAAGAUUCGAACACAUCAACAUCGAUCUCAUCGGACCACUUCCGCCAUCGAGUGAAUUCCAGUACUGCCUCACGAUUAUCGACAGGUAUACGCGAUGGCCAGAAGCCGUUCCUCUGAGAGGCAUAACAGCGGAAACAGUCGCCAGAAAACUCAUCAAUGUUUGGAUUUAGCGCUGUGGUAUACUAGCACGCAUGACAACCAACCAAGGAAGACAGUCCGAGACGCAGCUUUUUAACGAGUUGUCACGCAUGCUGGGUAUAACCCACCUGCGGACAACGGCAUAUCACCCGCAAGCAAAUGGCAUCAUCGAACGCUGGCAUCGCCCACUGAAAACAGCAAUAACGUGUCACGAACGACAAGACUGGAUAAGCCGCUUGCCUAUAAUCUUGCUAGGACUCCGCACAGCAUUCAAGCCCGACAUCGGUACAAACGCCGCGCAACUUGUCUACGGUACCACAUUACGGUUGUCUGGACAGUUUUUUAACGAUAGGCAAAUCUUCCGACCACAGUCGGACUUCGUCAGUCAGCUUUCCGACAUAAUGCAGGAGAUUCGCCCAACUCAAACCGCGAAUCAUGAUUCCUCAAAAGCAUUCGUAUUCAGCAAACUUGCCGAUGCAACGCGCAUAUUUGUACACAACGAUAAAGCUCGACUGGCGUUCCAUCCACCUUACGAUGGCCCAUAUCCAGUGAUCUCUAGACACCCUAAAUAUUACACCGUCAAAAUCAACCGCAACAACGUAAAUAUAUCCAGAGACCGACUUAAGCCAGCAUUCAUCGAAUCCCAUCAAGCAGAUACUCAACCAACGACAACCGCGACUCCACAACAUUCAGCCACGACGCACACAACACCAUCAUCUACAUUAUCAUCGACACCCGAACAGUUGCCUCCGAAGGAGACAUCAACAAACCGCAGCGGACGCAGGAUAAGACUCCCCGUCCGUUUCCGGACGUAAAGUCUGGAGGGAGCACUGUGGCAACCUGGCUGAACUAACGAAACGAUGGCAACCCAGCAUAGCAAGUGCACUUAAUCGUUUUGACAGAAUAAAUUCUUAGCAAUCGACUGGCCGGUGAAUAUAGACUUAAUUACUUUUUCAUCUACAUUUAACAUAGAAACAAGUUCAUUGUAAAGAAUUAUAUUUAGACAUUAAAUAAUACCGAAGUAUUAUAUGCGAAUUUGAUUUGUGUUUAAAUAAAGCGAGUAAAUCUCUUUGACUCAUUAAAUCCCACACUAGAGUUCACUCUUUAAGGCAAAACUGUGUGCGUUUGACAAAAGGGCAGAAAUGCAAAAUAUUCGACAGUUUUUACAACAAACAUAUGGCAACAUUUCGCACUUGUAGUUUCGCACAAACGCACAGCUGAAACCCUGACUGAAAUGCAAAGAGCGAGAAAACUGUGCUGUGCUGUUGGUAUAUCGCUUCGGCAGUUAAAGCGACAGCACUAACGAAGCGCAACGAAUAUUUAAAACCGCGCUGUUGCUGAAGUGUUUGAAAUUUCGCGGCCAGAGCAACAACACUGUUCAUGCUUUUAUGCAAAACGAAGUCCUCAUUUUUGCCUUUCGCAUCGUA